UAACUGGAUCGAGGAGUGCUUACUUCCUUGAGCUGAAUCAAAACCGUUCUUCCAUCUGUGGGACUCCAUAUCCUUGCAGCAGCCGCCGCAAGGACAGAGGACAGGGAGCGUCUGUCCUCAGCUCUAUGUGUCCCUCUUCUGCCAGAACCGUUGAGAAUGCUAUCCAGGUGUAUAUUUUUGAUGCUUUUACUCAUUUCCCAGAUUAAAGGUUGGGGAAUCACUUCACCAGUUGUCUUCCAAUAUGAUAGAACAGGCACUGAAGAUCGUGUUUAGCAAUAGCCUGGGUCUGCCUAAAACACUCUUACACAUGAAAGGCGUAUGCUCAACUAAGGGACUAAGAACUUCAAGUGAUAAUGUUCCUGGAGGAUAAAAUUCAGCAAUUUUUGUUGAAACAGGCCACUGUGGCCCAAGCUUUGUCAGGAGAAGGUCUCCAGACUGGCAUAAGGAUGGAAAAAAAGACAACAAUAGAACAAGAAAACACAGCCUUUGGAGCAGAUGGCCUAGAGCUGGUUCAUGCUAAAAAGCUUCCUCUGGUUCACAAGCGAGAUCUUGAACACACCCACGACUCGGACAUACCGGAAGCUUAUGAAGAAGAAGUGUUGUACGAAGUGAAACUAAGUAGACAAACUGUAAUCCUCCACCUUCUGAAAUCCAGAGGAUUCCUAGGCUCAAAUUACAGUGAAACAUUCUACACCAUACAAGGAGAAAUACUCACCAGGCAUCCUCAGAUCACGGACCACUGCUUUUAUCAAGGAUCCGUUAUACAUGAACUUGACUCCUCUGCGAGCAUCAGCACCUGCAGUGGUCUGUGGGGAUUCUUCAGAGUAAGAGAUCAAAGGUAUCUUAUUGAACCAGUGAAAUUCUCUGUUGAAGGAGAGCAUUUGUUGUUCAAAUAUAACCCGAGGGUGCCGUAUGCUGUCAAUUAUUCUUGUGCAGAGCUCAAUUUAACCAUGAAACCUGUUCCAAAAGAUACUAAAUAUAAGGAAAACCACAAAGUGGAGGGAAAUCAUAAGGAAAAGUAUAUUGAACUGUUCAUUGUUGCCGAUGAGUAUGUGUACCGCAGGAAUAGUAAUCCUCACUAUAAGCUACGGAGAAGAAUUUGGGGAAUGGUAAAUUUUCUCAACAUGAUUUAUAGCACGUUGAAUAUUUAUGUGACAUUGGUGGGGGUUGAAGUGUGGACAAAUGGAGACAAGAUAGCACAAGUUGCAAAUGCAGAGACCACCUUAUUGCGCUUUUCAAAUUGGCAAGAGACAGUCCUCAAAAAAAGGAAGAAUUUUGAUCAUGCUGUCUUACUGAGUGGGAAGUGGCUCUACACACACACCCAAGGAGCUUCUUAUCCAGCGGGCAUGUGCCUGCCCGGUUAUUCUGCCAGUGUUAUCAAGGAUCUUUUGCCGGACAUCAACACAAUUGCAAACAGAAUGGCACAUCACUUGGGACAUAACCUGGGGAUGCACCACGAUGGGUUCCCCUGUACCUGUCCUUUGGGAAAAUGUGUGAUGGACAGCAUUGGAAGUGUUCCUGCCAUAAAAUUCAGUAAAUGCAGCCAAGUCCAGUACCAGCAGUACCUGAGGGAUUAUAAGCCCACCUGUAUGCUCAAUGUUCCAUUUCCUGACAAUCUGAAUGAUUUCCCAUUCUGUGGGAACAAGAGAGUAGAUGAAGGGGAAGAGUGUGACUGUGGCCCCAUUCAGGAGUGUACUAAUCCCUGCUGCGAUGCGCACAUGUGCAUGCUGAAGCCAGGAUUUUCUUGUGCACAAGGAGAAUGCUGUGAAUCCUGUCAGAUAAAGAAAGCAGGGUCCAUAUGCAGGCCAGGAAAUGAUGAGUGUGAUUUCCCUGAGGUCUGCACGGGCCACUCCUCUGAGUGUCCCAAGGACAGAUUCCGAGUCAAUGGAUCUCCUUGUAGCAACGGGAAAGGCUACUGCUUCAUGGGGAAAUGUCCCACGCUGCAGGAGCAGUGCACGGAGCUGUUUGAUGAUGAAGCGAAAGAGAGUCCUGAUAUCUGCUACUCGAUGAAUAAAAAGGGAAAUAAAUUUGGUUACUGCAAGAACAAGGCAAAUAAAUUCAUUCCCUGUAAAGAGAAAGAUGUCAAGUGUGGGAAGAUUUACUGUACCGGAGGACACCACUCAUCUCUCCUGGGAGAUGUCAAGGCCUUUCUCCUUAUGGAUCCAAAGCAGAAUGUGACCGUCAAAUGCAAAACCAUAUUUGUAUAUCACAAUUCUGCAGAUAUUGGUCUGGUUGAUUCCAGAACAAAAUGUGGAGAGAAGAUGGUGUGCCUGGAUGGCGAAUGCAUACACAUUGAUCAGACCUACAACUCAAGCAGCUGCCCUUCUCCGUGCAACAAUUCUGAGGAUGGUCAUGAAUCCGGGUGCCAGUGUGGAGAAGGACAGAUGCUUACAGACUGGGGGUACACCUUAAGUGCUACCAGUGUCUCCAUCAUGGUCAUUGUGCUUGUCACAGUUGUCGCUGGCACUGGACUUGUUGUUUUAUUAGUUCGUUACCAAAAAUGUGUCAAAUUGAAGCAGCAUCAGAGCCUACCCGGAGAGUCACUUGGCGUGGAGAAUAAAGGCUACGUGGGGGACGAGCUGCCGGGCAGAUCUGGGGCAGUCUUGUCCGAGAUGCCUUCUCCACAAAGGACCACAGAAUCCUUGGAGAGCCUUCCAUGUAGCUUUUCAAGUCCGCACUACAUCAGUCUGAAAUCUGCAAGUAAAGAUCUAAGAGGAAUUGCAGAUCUCAAACAAAGCGCCACUAUGAGCUUGAAACCGGACGUCCAGCACGGCUGUGCCAGCCUGGGCUGAGAACCCCAGAUCGAGAACUUCAGUCUUCUCUAGCCAGUUCCUACACAGAUUUCAGGAAUCUCUCAAAUGAUCUUUACCAAGUCAAAAAAUGUUUAAAGAAACAAUUAUUUUCUGCUAAUAUUUGCUUUUAGAAUUCACAGCCUAUAGCCUUGAUAUAUGUUACAGAAAAACAAAUGUCUUGUGGCUUUUCAAAUGCUUAAUAUAAAUAUAAGC